CUCAAAUGAAGCAUUUCCCUCUCGUUCAUGAUAGAGUUUACAUGCGUCCACAUGCAACUCACAUGCAAUUCACGAAUCACCAACUCCCGGACCCUCUUUAUUGCACAUUUCCCGAUAGCAAUCGCAUGAAGAGGCCCAUUCGCAACUAUAUAUCAACAAAGUAUAGCGUGACCUGUCACCGCUUAAAACAAGGCAGGCAUAGAUCCAACCGGCUUUGACAGCCCUUAAGCCCAGAAAAGAAUACGACCUAAUUCUGUGUGGACGGUGGGCCACGUUCGCUCUUAGGGCUGUUAACCUGCAGUCAAAACAGACGCGGCACGGCUGGGAAGCAUGGACUCGGAUCUGCAAUAUCGUUUAGAUCGUCGCUCUGAUCAUCACAGAAGGGGAAAUAUCGCAUCUGCAUCUCUUUCCAAUGCCACGGACUCGGGAAUCGGCUCGGCUUCUAUUGGUUUCGCGUCGGAGUCGCAUUUCGUAAAUAAGGAUGAGAAUGAGAAUGAGAAUGCCGAUUUCCAUUUAUCAAGGCCCGAUGUAGAAAUUCCAAAUCACGCACAGUCUUCCUCGCAAUCAUUCCGGAAUUCCCAUGAUAGUCUCAGUCCUGAUGCUAAUCAUCCGGAUGAGGAUGCGGGUGAUAAUGAUCAGACGAAAGGACAGAAGAAAGUUAAAGCUCCGAGGUUGUAUCAUAAGAAAUCGAGGAACGGGUGUCAGAGAUGUAAGGCGAGACGUGUUAAAGUAUGUUAUCUUUUUAUUGAUUGGAUUUUUUUACGAUCAAUUUUGACAUUCAUUUUAAAUAUGGAUGUUGGUACUUUGCCAAGAAAUUGUAAGACUUACAUUUCGCUUGUACCUGGGUAUUACUUGAUUCGAUGGAUGUACGACGGACAAUUUAACGUUUCUUAAUGUCAGUUAUUGUCUCACGGAUAUUUCUGACCUAGAGAAAGUUCUCUGAUCAACUGAUUUUUCUCUCAUCGGUUUCCGACUGUGGGUUUACUUUUGCGUGUAUGUAAAUGAAAGCCUAUUCUUAGCCUAUUCUUAUCCUAUUCAUCUCAGUAUACAAGUGUGUCCGAAGUCUCUCGAUCUCCAAUAUUUUGUGCAAGUAACAUAUUAGGCGUAAAGAUUCUGCUAACCAGCGUAUAGUGUGACGAAACAAGACCUGUCUGUAACAAUUGUGUAAGGCAUAGGUUAGGAUGCGUUUACACCAAACCACCACCGCCGCCACCAUCAGCGUCGUCCCCCCAGACCAUCAAAAGCAACUCUAGUAAUCCCUCUACACCAGAACAUAUCAGUGUACAAGGUCUGGUCGAAGACCUCAGUAGUACUUCGGUUUCACCGCAGAUAGACCUCUCAAUACCACCAGCCCCAAGCCAAAGUUUCAGCGACGACCUUCCUGAAUCUAGUGCUCGUCGAAUCCUUGAACUAAGGCUGCUUCAAACUUAUCUCAUCCACACCUCUCCCACGUUCCCCAGUUGUCAUAACCCAGAAACUUUAAAUCUCUGGUCGGUCGUAGUCCCAAAACUUGCUUUCGCAUCUCCCAAUCUUCUCUACGCCAUGUUUGCUAUCGCUUCUCUACACCUUCAUGUACUCUCCCCUAACGAUAUCGAGAUACAAAAUGCACGUCAACAUUAUCUUUCCCUGGCAUUAAGACAUCAUCAAAAAGGAGUCGCUUCAUUAAAUCCCAGUACAGCUGAUGCAGUAAUGUUUGCCUCGAUUUUGAUCCUCAACGACGCAUUUUCCAGUCUGCAAGUUCGUUGUAUGAAACCAUACACACUACCUACGCAUUGGUUACAGAUGGCCCGGGGAACCGCAUCUGUGUUUGCCGUCGCACUAGGCCUGAUAAGACAUGAUCCAAAUGGCAAAGCAAUGGCACUCCUACGCACCAAGCCUGCGCUUACAAAACCAGAAGAACGACUCAACCGUCCUGAAAUCCAUCCCCUACUCAACGCAAUCCUCACCUAUCCUUCCCCGCACAUAUCCAUCUCCCCUCAAGAUUAUUACCCAGGAGACGGUGCUUUCGAUCCCUCCAUCCCUCCCUCUCACCUAGCAGCUUACAUCCAAACGCUCUCCUACCUCUCCUCCAUCCACCUCAAUAUCAUCCAACAAGAACACCCCAUGGCUACCGCCCGCCGCUUCACAGCUUUCGGUCUACAAGUCCCUAAACUCUUCAUUGAUCUGGUAGAAGAGAAACAACCACGUGCUUUAGUCAUUUUCGCGUACUAUUUUGCCAUGGCAACGUGUUUGGUAGAGGGAGGUGGACCAACUGAUAGGAUCGUGCUAGAGAUGAAAAAUGGAGAGGAUUUAGAUUUGGGGAAAACUUUUUGGUGGAUGGGUAAUAUGGUGAGGAGGGAGAUUGGUGGGAUUAGUGGGAUUUUACCGGGAGGCUGGGAGGCCUUGAUGAGUUGGCCGAGGAGGGUCGCGGGAUUGGAGUAGGCUUUUUUGCUUGUUGGAACUGCGCUUUCUUUUGGAUGGGAAUUUUGAUUGUUGCGGUGCUUUGGUGUAUACUGUGUGUAUAAGGAGGUGUUAGUAGGUUUGGCGCACAAUAUGAAGGUUAAAAGUACACAUGUCAUUUAGGGAGGGACACUUAUCUACUCGUUUGGACUUUUAGCAUAGCAUUAUGUAUCGAUUGAAACUUUUUUUUUGGCAAUAUACCCUAAAGUACAGUAUCUGGUAUAUUUUUAGUUAUAUAUAUUUAUAGAGCAAUCUAAUUCCUACAAUG